CUCCGUUCGCUCCGGGAAGCCGACCUUGACUUCAUUGAUGCACCCAUUCCAGUGGUGUAACGGGUGUUUCUGUGGCCUGGGACUGGUUAGUACCAACAAGUCCUGCUCAAUGCCACCUAUCAGUUUCCAAGACCUUCCCCUCAACAUCUACAUGGUCAUCUUUGGUACAGGCAUCUUUGUCUUCAUGCUCAGCCUCAUCUUCUGCUGCUACUUCAUCAGUAAACUCCGGAACCAGGCACAGAGCGAGCGAUAUGGCUACAAGGAGGUGGUGCUUAAAGGAGAUGCUAAGAAGUUGCAGCUCUAUGGGCAGACCUGUGCAGUUUGUCUGGAAGACUUCAAGGGGAAAGAUGAGCUAGGUGUACUUCCAUGCCAGCAUGCGUUUCACCGCAAGUGUCUGGUGAAGUGGCUAGAAGUGCGUUGUGUCUGCCCCAUGUGCAACAAGCCUAUCGCUGGCCCCACAGAGACCUCGCAGAGCAUUGGGAUCCUGUUGGAUGAACUGGUGUGAGCGCUCCUUGUAUGUGGACACUAGAGAAGACGGCUUACUCUGUGGGCGCUGGGGUUCCUCGACACAAUGAAUAGGACUUUUGGGUAUUAACCAGCAGUGUGGGACCAGUACCAGACUUGCCCGGGCUCUGCCUCCCAGAGCUUCUUUCCCUGUUACCCAGUUCCAGUGGCCUCAUUCAGCCAGACUACUCCAUCAUGGCCCUACACUAUCCACCUGUCUCAUGCUCGCCCUGGGAAGGAAUCAACCCUGUGACUGUGAACGUGGGCACUUCCCCUUUGGAGAACAAGCUACUCUGGCUUUGAAAGGGUGAGGUGGCUGUGCCCCACCCACAUCCCUCACUCCUGUCAGAGCCUUGGGAUGAUUUAAAGGGAAGGAAGGGAAAGGAAAAAAAAAAAAAAAAAAAAAAAAAAAAAAAAAAGCCAAGGUGAAAGACUCCACCUGAAAUAAAGGACAGCAGGGACCUAGAAAAGGGAAAAGUCGAUGUUUACAUGGGAUGUAGGAAACAAAGGCCAGCUUUGUCCUGGCUGACUGCAGGGUGAUGGGACCAACCAUCCCCUGUUAGAUUCUUAGGUGCUAUCCAUUUUCUCCCUGGCCCUGGUUAAUCUCAGAGCUUCCAAUUCCUCGUUGGUUUUGAAGAGACCCCACUCUAUAGAAAGGAACUUUUUCUAUCCUCAUCACAUUUCCAGGAGCUUUUUAAACGAAAAGGACCCUGGGAGGGGGGUUUCUGAGGUUACAGUAGAGCAGGUGCCUGCUUCCCCUCUGUAAAUAGUAUUUUUAUACUUCAUCUUCACCAUCUCAGGCUUUACACAUGCAGCCCCCAAGGAUGGAGUGGGUGGAGUCUCCCCGUCCUCAGCCAGGUGGCUGAGAGUGGAAAAAAGUUAUGUAUUUAAAGAAAAUUAAAUUUAAUAACAUGUUUCUUUAA